UCCUCCUCCUCCUCCUCCUCCAUGCUCCCCGCGAUCCUGAGGCGGCGGCUCCGGCCGGCGCUGCUCCCGGCCCUCCCCCAGCGCCAGGGCCCCGGCUCCGGGAGGCCGGUGCGGAGCGUGGACCUGCGGAGCGACACGGUGACCAGGCCGGGCCCGGCGAUGCGAGCGGCCAUGGCGGCGGCGAGGGUCGGGGAUGAUGUUUACGGGGAGGAUCCGACCGUCAACGAACUUCAGAGACGAGCCGCUGAGCUGUUUGGGAUGGAGGAUGCCCUGUUUGUACCUACUGGAACAAUGGGGAACCUGAUUUCAGUCAUGUGUCAUUGCCAGGAGAGGGGAGCUGAACUGAUUGUUGGCGAUCGAGCACACAUCCACCUCCAUGAACAGGGAGGAGUGGCUCAGAUUGCUGGAAUUCAUUCACAAAUUGUAAAGAAUCUUCCAGAUGGGACGUUUGAUUUAGAUGAAGUAGAAUCAAAAAUACGUCAUCAUUUCCCAGACCCUCACUACCCCAGGACUUGUGUCAUUUGCGUCGAGAACACUCAAAAUGAAACAGGAGGGCGAGUUCUACCACUCUCUUUUCUCCAGGAGGUCCGAGCUCUUGCUGACAGGUACAAGCUGCCUAUCCACAUGGAUGGAGCCCGCCUGAUGAAUGCAGCUGUAGCUUUGGGUGUUGAGGCCUCGGAGAUACUGCGGCUCUGUGAUUCUGUGUCCAUGUGUCUGAGCAAGGGUUUAGGAGCUCCAGCUGGGACUCUGGUCGGCGGCCGAAAGGGGUUUAUCGAGCAGGCCAGCCGUGUACGGAAAGUGCUCGGAGGAGCGAUGAGGCAGGCCGGAGUGUUGGCCGCCGCGGGACUUCUCUCUGUGUCAGAUAUGGUCGACAGGCUCCAGGAUGAUCACAGAAACGCCCAGAAAUUCGCCAAAGGCGUUCAGACAUUUGCUUCCUCCAUUUGUGACAUCGAUAUCAAUGCCGUGGAAACAAAUAUUCUAAUGCUUACAGUGAAUGACCCAAGAAUCUCACCCAAGGAAUUAUGUGACAAGAUGGCAGAGGUGACUGAGGAGGAGGUGACUGUGUUGGGACGUGGUGUGCAAGUGUUGAUGCACCCCGUGUUUGGACGCAAAGUCCGAGCUGUUUGGCACCUAGAUGUAUCAGAGGAGGACACUGAUCUGGCCUUAAAGAAGUUGCAAUAUGUGAUAGAAAAAGUCAAUCAAAAAUAGCCAUGGAUAAACCAAAUCCUGCAAUCCUUCAAAUACAAUAAUUGUGGCCUGAAUAAGAAUGGAAAAUUCUCAGGUGAGAAUGUGAGAUAUUUUUGAUCGAAUUGCCAGACCUGAUGGCAGUGUUUGCAAUGUUUGUUCUUGGGGAUCAUAUUGUGCAAAUGGUGUACUUUUGUGCUGAUUUUAAAAUUAUUUUCCUUGUUUUCAAAUUCCUCUAUGGCAUUGGCCCUCCUUAUCUUUGUAAUCUCCUCCAGCCUCACAACCCUGGUGUCCUGUUUGCUGCAUUACCAUUGACCAAGUGUAAAGUGCACUAACAGGCAAUUAGCUGUUCAUAUAACAGAAAUGCAGCAGAAUCAAUGACUGUCCAAUUCCAGUGCCCAGGGAAACAUGAAGUGGGGUAUAUUCACUGCAAAUGCUGGAAGAAAACAAACCAGAUAAUUGUGAAUUGUUGAGUGAUUCAGAAAAGGAUGAAAAUGAAGUGCUAAAAAUGUUCAUAAUGUGGAUCACAAUGAUAAAUUAUGUUCUGGUAAUGAAUUUCCAAUCACCAGAAUGUACAAUGUGUACUCAAAACGGUGAGUUAGUUUCCAAUUUAUACUGGUGGUUGAUUUCAACUGAACAAGUUUUUAAGUACCUAGUAUUCUGUUUCGGCAAUGAGGGAGCUGCUAUUAUAUUUUUCAUAUCCAAGGCUUGGCAAAGCUCUGACACGUCAUUUCAUUUCUUUUGUGUUUGAAUUGUGCAAAGUUUUGGGAUUAAAUUUGAAAGUUAGAGAAAGUUCCACCAGCAUCUUUUUCUCCCCUCAAGAUGCACAGCAUGAAGAAAACAGGAAGUGCACAUAAAACCAACAAUUUAUUAGAAUUUGCCUGGAUAUGGAAACUCGCAUUCAGUUAAGUUGCAAAGCCACCUAUUGACUUGGACAUUAUGAAAACAGAGCUCAUCAGAUGAGACCUGCACUAGCUUGUUCACAAUCGUUGCUCAACUAGAAAUCAGUGCAGUGUUCCAUGCCUUUUACUUGCAAUGAGUCAGUGUGGCCCAGGGGAGCCACUGCGCAGAACAAAUAGGAACAGUCAUUUCGUCUUUGCACGUCUGGUACUUUGUUUUAAAAUCAGUUCACCCUUCUCCCCGUCUAGCAAGGCACAGAGGUCCAAAUCAGCUUGUGCAAUGUCACUGACAAAGACACUGAUGAAAUUUCUCAAACAAUUUGGUUUAAACUCAAUGAAAGUUUUAAAUCAGGAUAUUUUAAAUCAAAUAUUGAACAAAGAAAAAUUAUACAAAUGCAUUAAAUAUCUCAGCACAAAUUCAAUCCUUCAGUGUUCAGUCUUUCCUCUGGGUAUCAUGCAACACAUCAUUUUGAUCACCCCCUUGUGCCCUGUUAAACAUAGUCUGUUGCCAUUUGUGAUAAAGUACCAUUCCUGGUACUACUGUCCCAUAACGUUAUUACAUUAUACACCAUCUGACUAAUCCAUCUCAUUAGAUCAAUACAAUGGCUAUUGUCACUUUCGAGGAGGAAAGAAUUUAAGCUGAGACACUAAAUAAUUCCCUAAACAGAAAGAAAAAUCAGAGAAGAGGAGCUAUAUUGGAACAUGUUUGGGCAUCUCUUUACAGUUACUUUAGAGCAAUACUUGAGAACCCUGGAACCAGGUUCCCUGCCUGCCUCCCUCUUGUUCACUCCUGUAUUGUUCAGGAUGAAUUAACAUGAUAAUUCAGACAAUACAGAAGCCAGGUCAGCAAAUAACAUCUGAGCAGAGGUGUCACUACCCAACCUUGACUACCUGGUUCCUUAUUGUAACCUUUAUUCAGUGGCUUUUAACAGAGAGAGAGAGAGAGAGAGAGAGAAAUAAAGCAUCCAUUAACCCCAAGGGUGGUGAUUAUGAAUGUGAAAGUUAAUCAGUGAGCUGUCUCAAUUAUAUUACUAACAUUUCCGAAUUGUGCAUCUGUAUUUGAAUGUUGCUAUCUUUAAUCAGUGCUGGUUGGAUUAAUUCUGGCAGUUUUUCUUCCAGAACUGGUAGCAUGUAUGUUAUACUGAGCUCUGGAACUAACUUUUAUGCUCGGUGACUAGACAUCCCUUUUAUCCUCACAGUAAACCCUUGUUUUUAAGAUUUUGUUUGAAUUGUUUUCUAUUUAUUCCCUUUUCAUCUCUUCUGUAUUUUUAUGUCAAAGUGAUUCAUCUUCUGCAACAAAUUGUAGGUGUUUCUAGGAUAAUGAUGCUCUGUUUUCUCCUCUUUUCUGUAAAUUGGUGAAAAUGUAGAUAUGAAUGAAGGUAUAGCAGUGGAAAA